CUUGCUCAGAAGACGUGCUGAGAACGAACAGGCUUCAAAGACUCUGAAGGUGCGCGGGAACUGCAGGAACGGUGGACGUCGAUGGAACCUCUUCAAGCCUGGAGCUGAGAAGCUGCAAAUCAGUAGGCUGAUCAGUGGUGGUUCUAUUGUAAGUGCUGAGGCAGUAUGGGAUCACGUCACCAUGGCCAACCGGGAGUUGGCGUUUAAAGCAGGAGACGUUAUCAAGGUCCUGGAUGCUUCCAACAAGGACUGGUGGUGGGGUCAGAUCGAUGAUGAAGAAGGAUGGUUUCCCGCUAGCUUUGUGAGGCUGUGGGUAAACCAAGAAGAUGGAGUGGAGGAGGGAACCAGCGAUGUGCAGAAUGGCCAUUUGGAUCCAAGCGCAGACUGUCUCUGUCUCGGCAGGACCGUUCAGAACCGAGACCAGAUGAGAGCCAAUGUCAUCAAUGAAAUCAUGAGCACAGAGCGCCACUACAUCAAGCACCUCAAGGACAUUUGCGAGGGUUACUUAAAGCAGUGCCGGAAGAGGAGGGAUAUGUUCAGUGAUGAACAGCUAAAGAUCAUCUUUGGUAACAUCGAAGAUAUCUACAGAUUUCAGAUGGGUUUUGUCCGGGACUUGGAGAAACAGUACAACAAUGAGGACCCCCAUCUCAGUGAAAUUGGACCAUGUUUCCUUGAACACCAAGAUGGCUUCUGGAUCUAUUCAGAAUACUGUAACAAUCAUUUGGAUGCAUGCAUGGAGCUUUCCAAGCUGAUGAAAGAUAGCCGGUACCAGCAUUUCUUUGAAGCAUGUCGUCUGUUGCAGCAGAUGAUUGAUAUUGCCAUAGAUGGUUUCCUUCUGACACCAGUGCAGAAGAUCUGCAAAUACCCCCUGCAGCUCGCAGAGCUACUGAAGUACACCGCGCAGGAUCACAGUGACUACAGGUAUGUGGCUGCUGCUCUUGCUGUCAUGAGGAACGUGACUCUACAGAUCAAUGAGCGGAAGCGGAGGUUGGAGAACAUUGACAAGAUAGCUCAGUGGCAGGCCUCCGUUCUGGACUGGGAGGGUGAUGAUAUCUUGGACCGCAGCUCAGAGUUGAUCUACACGGGAGAGAUGUCCUGGAUUUACCAGCCUUAUGGACGGAACCAGCAGCGUGUUUUCUUCCUGUUUGAUCACCAGAUGGUUCUCUGCAAGAAGGAUCUGAUACGAAGAGAUAUUCUGUAUUACAAAGGUCGCAUAGACAUGGAUAAAUAUGAAGUGGUGGAUAUAGAAGAUGGGAGAGAUGAUGACUUCAAUGUCAGCAUGAAGAAUGCCUUCAAACUUCAUAACAAGGAGACUGAGGAAAUGCACUUAUUCUUUGCCAAGAAAUUGGAGGAGAAGUUACGAUGGCUUAGAGCUUUCAGAGAAGAAAGGAAGAUGGUAAAAGAAGAUGAAAAGAUAGGCUUUGAAAUUUCUGAAAAUCAAAAGCGACAAGCGGCAAUGACAGUAAAGAAAGUCAGUAAGCAAAAAGGUGUGAGCUACUCCAAGUCGGUUCCUCCAGCCUACCCACCACCCCAGGAUCCAUUAAAUCAGGGACAAUACAUGGUGACAGAUGGCAUAUCCCAGUCCCAGGUCUUCGAGUUCACCGAACCCAGACGCAGCCAGGCACCAUUCUGGCAAAACUUCAGCAGAAUGGGUAUUUAAAGAAGUGAAUGAAGUGGGUUCUCAGAAGUUAACUGAAAUGUUUUACUGUUUCUGAAUGGCUGGAGAGAUGCAGAGAGAGAGAGAGAAAGAGAGAGAUUACAAACUGUUGUCAACAUGAUGAAAAUUUCACCAUUCCUUUGCCUUUUUAAUUGCUUAGGGAAAAAAAGUAACAAGCACAUUAGUUAAGCCUCUUCAUUUACUGUUUUGUGCCUCAGAGAGUGAGAAUGAGACAUCCAUAAUUUUUAUGAGAAGAUGCUUCCUAAAUAUUCAGCACUAGGAAAAAAGAAACACCACCGCCACACCAUUAUUUGCAUCAUAAAUCAAGACUCGCUUGAUCUGACAAGGCCUCUUGUUGGACUCGCAGCUUCUUUCUUAAGUGGAAAGCCAAAACAAACUAGCAUUGCUCGUGCUUGCCGAAGCCAGGCGGCAGGCAAAGCAGAUGCAGGCGUUUGUUCCAGAGGGAAGAGGGGCUUGGCUCUCAGGCAAUGGCAUUCAAGAAAGCUCUUCCCCUCCAUAAAUUGCCAAGGUGCUGCAAGAGAUGGAGCAUUGUCACAAAGAAGAACCUGCACUGGGUCCCACUUUUACUACCUACUGUGGCUUUCCCAAUAGGGAGCAGGGUUGGGCUGCCUCGUGUCCGAACGCGCUGGAAGCAGCGCAGAUGCAAUCAGAUUGGGGUGAUUUUGACUGAGCAUCUGAUACAGACUUUCAUUUCAAUGCCAGACAGGAGGAACCCACUUACCAUUCCAUAUGCAGAAACAAGAGAGUUGUAACAAACUUACAUGUUUACGGUAUUUCUCUGGCUGAAUCUAUAUAUAUAUAUAAAAAAUAAAAAUACCCUCUUCCCUAGGUAAAUGACAUGCAUUACCCCUUGACCUAAACACUAGAACAGAGGAUCUAAAUUCAAGACUUUCGCCUCCCUACCCUCUCCAAAAAGAUCAAACAAGAACCAACCUAGGUGCAUCUAACAGUUGUAAAUAGAAAAUAAUACAUAGAGAAAUAUAUUUGAAAUUUGUUUCAGUUUCUGGAUGGUCACUGGCCAUCCAUUGCAAUGUUAUUGAUAGUACACUGUGGUGCUUUGGGUUUCUGGUUUUGUUCUCUUUAUGCUCUGUCAUCUUUUCAUUGCAGCUACAUUUCAGGGAACAUGUAUAUUUAGUAGCUAUUGUAAGUUCUGCAUGGCAUCACCAAGCUUAUUUUUCCUUAAGAAGAAAAGAAGAGUCUGUAGGAGUUUAAAGGCACUAUGACGACAGGGACUUGUAGCAGAGAAUUUAAAAAAAAAAAAAAAAAGGUUUUUAAAAUUCUAGUUUGAAGCCAAUGGGGUUUUAACAGUAAGAGAAAAAAAAAAAAAAAAAAAAAAAAGGAUUUUGGUAACCCAGCUGAUCCGCACUUGCCAGUUUUAUUAUUUUGUUUAUAUUGGACUGUUUGACCCUGUCAAACAAGUGUCAAAGUUGUGUGUAUAAAACAAAAAAAGUGUUUAAAAAAGUGUUGUAAAGACACUGAGCCUUAUGAAAAUAUUUAUGGAAUUAAAUAAAAAGAAGUGAAAAGGCAUCUGAA